UUAUUAUUUAUAAUUCUGCAGCAGAAAUGUAGAUUGUGCCCUUGUACUCUCGACAUUGAUUUGUUUUAUAGGACUGCAGUGAUUUGAAUAAAGAAGUUUAUCAUGCGGCAAUCAAUGAAGGAGGAGCCAGUGACACAACCUGGACAAGAUGACAAUGAUAUAUGUUUGGCUCAGAUCUUGGCAGAAGUGGUUGAGGAAGUGAGACUCUCCAUAGACAGAGAUACUAAUGGUGCUGAUCUUCUGUACGGUCUCCUCAGUGCUCCUUGGCUUUGCUCUCUUCUCAGGGUAUAUGAGUGUCUGGUGCAGCACAGUCGAGAUGCCCCAAGCCCGUACCUGUCUUGUUCCUCAAGACUAUCUCAGGAGAUUAUGGCCAGUGUGCGAGGACUGGCUGCUCCUUCCUCUGAUGCACAAGAACUUUAUAUUUUACUGAAAUGCCCUCUUAUGCAGGUUAGAGUCUAAUUUGCUAG